GGCGCAUGCGUUAAUAUUCCUCGAAACGAGACGCUCCCUUCAGUAUUUACUGUCCUAAGGAACAGGCGACAGAGCGAUCGUAGAAAGAAGGGAAACAUGUUUGAGCUUUACGGAGUGAAUAAAGAUAGCAUGGUUUAUCGGUCACCGCCUCCAAGAAGAAAAGAAGUCGACAUAUUAGAGACAUGCUUGCAGCUAUCGUCCCCAGAGCUUAUAAGAAAAUUACCUAAUGGCGAUGCAUUGCACCAUACAAAGGAUCUGAGUGUCUCUACGUCGUUAAAUAAAGAGCCACCAAGGGAAAGCGGACGAAGUAUGCUGAGAAGGUGGAUAGUGAUGGCAGGUUUCUUUUUCCUCGGAUGUGCCUUGGUCGCCGGUGUAGGAUUACCUUUAGCUUUAGAACUGCGGAGCUCGCAUUUGUUGGAAGCUAGGCUCCAAGUUGUGCGACGAAUGCUCUCCGAGAUUCCUCUCGUCGAUGGGCACAACGAUUUCGCAUGGAACCUUCGAAAGCACCGCGGAAGCACAAAGUUGCAGGACUUUCCCUUCGACGAGGACCUGUCGCAAAACGCGAGCUGGGGUCCGCGAUGGCAAACCGACCUGGUCCGGUUGAGACAAGGUAUCGUGGGCGGGCAAUUCUGGUCCGUGUACGUUCCAUGCGAGGCGCAGUUCCUCGACGCUGUUCAGCUCACCCUGGAACAGAUAGACGUGGUACGUAGACUGGCGUCGAGGUACCCGAAGAGAAUAAGGCUGGUGACCAGCAGCAAGGAGCUGGAGAAGGCGCACAAGGACGGUGUGAUAGGAAGCUUAGUAGGGAUCGAGGGUGGCCAUAGCAUCGGUACCUCUAUGGCGGUGUUGAGAAGCUUCCAUCGACUCGGGGCUAGAUACAUGACCCUGACGCACAAGUGCAACACUCCCUGGGCGGACUCCUGUUCGGUGGAGGACCCGAAUUCGGACGCGUCGUUGGAUUUUCACAGCGACGGGCUGUCGUUGUUCGGUAAAGCAGUUGUUAAGGAGCUCAAUCGAUUAGGGAUGCUCGUGGAUCUCUCUCACGUUUCGAUAAGGACCAUGAGAGACGCGCUGAUAGCGACCAAAGCGCCGGUGAUAUUUUCUCACAGCGCGGCCAGAGCUCUCUGCAACUCGUCCAGCAACGUUCCGGACGACGUGCUGCGGAACUUGUCCGUGAACGGUGGUCUGGUCAUGGUCAGUUUCGACAGCGCGCACUUAAACUGUGGCGACAAAGCUUCCAUGUACGAUGUCAUAGCUCACAUCAAUCAUAUUAGACGAAUAGCUGGCGUUAAUCAUGUGGGUCUUGGGGCCGGUUACGACGGUAUAUUAAGUCCGCCGGUCGAACUUCCGGACGUUUCCGGUUAUCCUCUGUUGCUGGCCGAAUUGACGAGGGACCGACGAUGGUCGGCGUCGGAUAUCAAGAAACUGGUGGGCGGAAAUCUGUUGAGAAUCUUCAAGGAAGUGGAAAGUUACGCGGCGACGAUGUCCCAUCAAUUCCCGGCCGAAGAGCUGAUCCCUCAGGAGCUGAUCGAGGAUACCGAUUACUGCAGAUACCACGACACGUAA